AUGGCCGAACCGCAAGUGCCGUUCAAGGUUAAAGCAAUCUUUGAUUAUAAAUCCGAUUAUGAAGAUGAUUUGAACUUUACAACGGGUCAGAUCAUUACAGUUACAGCAAUAGAGAAUGAAGAAUGGUUUACCGGGGAGUAUGACAACAAGACUGGAAUGUUUCCUAAGAAUUUUGUGGAAAUAUUACUUGCGCCGCAAAUCCCGGUCCUGAAUAGACCCGUUAGAAAGCAGGAGCCAAAACAAGAACCAAAGGAAGAAGUGCCAAAAAGGGAAGAUGAAGGUGCAUCGGCAAUUGAUAAUCAACAGACGAGCUCUACUGGUCAAGCAGAACCCCCCAGUGCGCCUUCAAAUGCUAGCGGCUUUACUGGUCAAGCAGAACCCCCCAGUGCGCCUUCAAAUGCUAGCGUCUCUACUGGUCAAGCAGAACCCCCCAGUGCGCCUUCAGAUGCUAGCGGCUCUUUGCACCAGUCCAAAACUUUCCCGACAAAACAUGCACCUAUGUUCAAAUCUGAAGAACAUCACUCGCCAAUGGUACCAAUGCCUCAUACAUCAUCGGCAAAACCAGCAGAUCCAUAUAGUAUAAAGAAACAAUUUGUUGCCGCAUCACCAUCUUCUUAUGUCCCCAAAAUCAAACCAAGAGACGACUCUAGAUUAGUCGCACACCCAGUCGAAGAGUCUAAGCCAGCAGAGGAUAUUGUUAGGAGUAGCACUUUUGAAGAUCACCGUAAGCAAGAAGAGGAAGAGGCUGGUCCUAAGGUGUCUUUGAAAGAAAGAAUCGCCUUACUUCAAAAAAAGCAGCAAGAGGAGGCCGAAAGAGAAGCUGCAGCUUUGAAGAGGAAAGAAGAGAGGAAACAGAAACACGCUGAAGAAAAAGAAAGGUUAAAACAUUUGAAAGAACAAAAAAGCCACGAAACUCAACCUGGAGACGCAGCUAUCGAUAGUGCAGGAGUUGCCAUAGGAGAGCCAGGUAGUGAGCAACCAUUUGAUCAUGCAGUUCGUCGAUUCUCUAAUGACCAAAAGCUACAGGGUAAUAAAGAGAAGAGACAACUCGAAACAGGCGAGGAUGACCAAAGAGAGGGAAAGGGAAAAGGAGUAGGAGAAGGAGAAGAAGGAUAUAUAGUAGGACAACAGGGGGAAGAAGAGGAAGAAGAGGAAGAAAAAAAUGAUGACAACAACGACGACGAGGACGAUGAGGAUGAGGAUGAGGAUGAGGAGGACGAAGACGAUGAAGAGCUCAAACGUAGAAAGUUGGUUGAAAGAAUGGCCAAAAUUUCUGGUGGAAGGAAUAUGUUUGGAAUGAUGGGCAUGCCACAACCAUUUGGAGCUGGUAUCCCAAGUGACAAAGUCAAGAAAACUAAAGCUCCAAAAAAAGCCAAUGACAAUAAAACGGAAGAGGAGAAAAAGGAGGAGGAAAAUCACAUUCUUGAUCAGCAGAUUAAGUCGCCACCCCUUGUUGAAGCACCUUUUCCCGAUGUGCCCAAUAGAGUGCCAACUCUUGAUCCAGAACAGCAUUCAAUACCCAGUAUUGACCAAAAUCCUCAACCAAAGUUCACUCAAGAAAGCUCGUCAAUGGCCGAAGACGAUGAACCGUCUGACUCGGAUCAAGCAGAGGUGAUAACCCGAAACGACAUUUCUGACUCGUAUCAACAAUCACAUGUGAACAUUUCCGAUAGCGGAGCAGACGAACAUGGGGAAAAUCUGCCAAUUAGAUUGAAAAAGAAUAGAACUAUGGAAGUUGAAGGUACUGGAUACGAGGCAGAUGAAGAUCUAUCGGAUAUAGCCAAGUCUCAGGAAUACACCAAGCUAAAUGCAACUACCCAUCUGAGUCAUCCAACGCCUGAUAGAGAUUCUAAUGGAACUAAUCCUUUACCAAAUGAGCAAUAUGUCUUCAACCAAAGCGCGCCUCAUCCUCCAACCCAUCAAAGUCCUACAACAAAAAAUGCACCUCCCUUAGGCUCUGUUCCACCUGUUCCACAUGUACCCCCAGCACCACCUGUUCAUGCUGUUCCACCUAUUCCACCUGUUCCUGCUUCUCCACGAGUUCGUCAACGUGAACACCCACCACCACCACCAAUUCCUCAACAUGCGCGUGCUCCACCACCCCCCAUUCCAGGCUCCAGCCCUCCCUCUCGGGCACCCACAAACGUGUCUAUAGCAUCACCCAGUCACUUACAAGAUGUUCCACUGGUGCACUCGCAUAGACGGGAAGUAAGAGGUUUACCAAGUAAACCCGGUGAUGAUGAUGAUGAUGAUGAUGGCGAUGACGAUGACGAUGACGAUAACAAUGACUAUGAUAAUGAUAAUAACGAUGAUGUAGUUGCACAAAACAAUGUCCAAGGUUUCAGUUCCUUUGAAAAGGACGAGGAGAGCGAAGUGCUUGAAUUAGUUAAUGAUUAUUCACCAAAGCGCCAGAUUCCACGUUCUCAGACAUUGGGCUCUGUAGGUGAACAGCAUCAAAAAAUGAGAGCUCCUCCACCACCACCUCCAAUUCCUGGCAGCAAUGCUCCUCCUCCUAUUCCUAUUGGAGAACCACCGAAGCGAGCCGCAACGGAUCACUUUCCCCCUUUGAUGCAAACAUCAACAGGAGCUUCUGUUGGUUCUUUGCAUGGUAGAAAAUCCACCGAGUCUGGCGUUACAAGAACCAGGUCACUCAAAGGAAGCGAGCAAAACCAAGCAGAAACGGCAUUGGAACAGUUGGAUUUUGAAAUUGCUAAUAUCAAAUCCACAUCCACAUGGUGGUUGAAAAAUGAACUACCUGAGUCGUUAACAUCCAAAAUUGGAGUUGAUCUUAUAUACGAGAUUGAUUCCAAUAGAAUUCAUAAGCGAGGUGGUAGAAUUAUAAACUACCGUGAUUACUAUAUUUUGUUUUACGAUUUAUCGCAGUUGGUGUUUGAGUUAGAGUUUGAAGAACAAGAUCCCAAAAAUACAAUACAUUUAGUUAACCAGUUUGUCAAGCCUAGUCCUCCAAUGAGAAAGGAUUUGUUGGAUAUUGCACACAAGAAUUUUGGCCCGAUUAUUGUGAAUUUGGCUAGUCAACUUGUUGGUAAAAAGCUAGAAGAUAAGUUGGUCAAUUUUGUAUUUGAGUCAAAUCAAUUGAAACACAAGAUAAUAUCGCCGAUUGGAAACAAAUCUUUUGGUGUAACGAUAUACAAGAAUUUUAACAACUCCAAUGUGUCCAAGAUUGAUGAUAUCAAACUGGGUGAUAUACUAUGGAUCAAGAAUGGGAAAUUUGACUCGCACAAGAGCUUGAUGGGUAACAAAUCCGUAACACUUGGAGAUUGCUUUACUGGUGUGAUUUAUGAUUUUGAUCCUAAUAAGGACAAAUUUAAGGUUUUUGAACAAGACAGCUCAGGAGUUAUCAAGAAAGAGCUGUAUAAGAUUGGUAAUUUGAAGAGCGGUAAAAUCCGAGUAUUUAGACCGAUACCGAAAGAGUAUGUAGGUUUAUAA